ACUACAUUUGCUCCCCAGCAUUGCAUCGCUUUGACUCCGCUGAUCUGAGGACAGGUGCCGGAUCAUGACGGGAAUGCUGCAAAGUCUCAUGUCUUGCUGGAGGGACAGCGGCAUUUCCCGAAUUGUGAGGCCACCCACUCCGCUGAGCCUUCAGGACCAAGCUUGGCAAUCAGAGAACUUGGAUCAGAUGAUCAACGAGGUUUUGCUCGAAGAAAUUGCGAAGCUGCGAGCCACCUUCAGCCAUCACUUGCGCGAGUACGAGGUCACACUUUCUCAGCUGUCGGAGAAUGGCCAAUCAUCGUGGGUGCGGCAAGAUGUGGAGAUUCUGCGACAGCAGGUUCAUCUCAUGGAGCGACAAAAGAAGCGUAGGAACCUCGAAGUUGGCAAGCUGAAAAAGGCUAUGAAGGAGGUACGCAACGCCCUCUUCACCGAGUCGCCUCCGGCUGCCCAGGGCCACCUAGCAGCCCAACAGCUCCUCGACGAGGUUCGGACGGAGCGGGAACGGAGGCUUGCAGAAAAACACUACUUGGAGGAGCAGGUCAAGAAACUGCAAGACGAGAUUCAGGAGCAGAACAAUUCGGCUCCGGCAGUUGACCAUGAAAAGGAGAAGCUGAAAGCUUCUGUGAAACAAUUGAAGAUGUCCAUCGAGUCCAAAGAUCGCUAUGCAUGUUGGGUUUGCAACCGAGCGCAUGAACGUCAUGAAGAGUCGGCCGAUGGCUCCGACAGCGGGGAGGAUUCAGAUCGUCAUGAAGAUGAAUGCGUGAUGAUGAGAAGGCGUUUGGAUGAGCUUGAGCAAGAGCUGCGGCAGUUCUCUGCCGACGGCGAAGGGCCCACUUCAGAUGGAGCGGAGGCCGCUUCGAGCAGCCGCAGGCCCUUGGCCAGACUCUCUGCCGAGCCUCCGAGUGUGACUGAGUCGCCAAUGGGCCCCAGCUCCACACUUCGCUCUUCCCGUGAUCGAGUGCCCACUCCCUGGGCCUCCCAGGCUGGCGGGCUGUCUGAGUCAGAGGCAUCGGUGCAGUUCUCUGACUCGGUGACCACUGUCACGUCGCCGGAAGUCCCGGAGACAGUGCCGGAGGUUGGAAACCGCUCGGUGCGUGACCGAAUAGCAACUCCAUAUGUGGCACCUGGCUCUGGAGAGGAUCGCAGAGUGAUUCUAGCUCCGGUGCUGUCGAGCAUCGAGGAAUUCGAAGCCGACAGCAACAGAGAGCAACUUCGAUCCAGCCGCGACAGGAUGCCAACGCCGCAUGUCAGCUCGCAGCUGGUGGAGGAGACGUUUGCUAACUCAGCCAAGACUGUCCGCAUCUUUCCGGCCGCGGACGUGGAGGCAAUUCCCGUCUCCGGCGAAGGGCGAUCGACCAGGGAGCGAAUUGCCACACCGUUCAUGAAGGAGGAAUAUGAGGACGCGCGCGCUGUGCAUUUUGAGGCCACGCCAGAGAGACCUCCAGCAAGAAGAGCACCCACCUUUGGUGCCGUUCAGGAAAUUCAAAGUGAGAUUUCCGCCGACAAGCAGCUGCGGCCAAGCCGCGAAAGGAUGCCCACCCCUCAUGUGAAGCUUGACGCGCUUGAGGAAGAUGGUGCCAAGCACGUUCGAAUUGUGCCUGAUGCAGACGUGGAGGCACUGCCUGUCGCGGGCGAGCGUCGGCCCAGCAGAGAUCGCAUACCAACACCAUUCAUCAAGGGUGACGAGCUGGCCAAGAGCGCGGUGCAAUUUGACGAUGGAACAGAGGCAUCCAAGCAGCGCUGUUCUGUCGCGUUCGGUGACAGCGAGGAGUUUGAGAGCGACAUCAAACCCGAUGGAGACCAGCAGAUGCGAAGCAGCCGCGACAGGAUUCCGACGCCUCAUGUGAAGAUGGAGCUGAUCGAGGACGAUGAUGUCAAGCACGUGCGUAUGGCUCCCACCUCGGCGGAGGAUGAAGACGUCUCUGACGACAGGAAGGCAUCAACUGACCUGAAAGCAUGGCUCGACACACCGGCUUCUUCCAGAGGGCGCAGCACGGCUCCUUCCUUUGGUGGCAGCGAGGAGUUCGAGGUUGAAGCUGAGAGAGAGCCCUUCAAAGCAAGCCGAGAUAGGGUGCCCACGCCGCACGUGAGCUGCCAGGCAAUCGAGGAAGCAUUUGGUGGUUCAAAGUCUGUCCACAUCGUGCCCGCAGCAGACGUGCAGGUCAUCCCGGCUGUCGGAGAGACUCGGUCAUCCAGAGAUCGCAUUGCAACUCCCUUCUUCAAGGACGAAGCUGCCGAGGAAGGUCGAGCAGUUCAUUUCGACACAGUCCCAUCAGAGGUGCGUCCAAUUACGGGACGGCACGUGGUUGGUACGCGUUCAGUGCGUGACCGAGCUCCCACUCCGUACACAUCCGGAGAAAUCAUGGAGGAGCCGCAUCCACACUUUGCUUCGCUUUCGAGAGUGGAGGAGAUCGAAGUGGACGGUGAAUUGCGGACUACCCGAGACAGGGUUCCCACACCGCGCGUGAGCUCAGAAACGAUGGAGGAAUUCGAGGCUGACAGUGGCAGAACUCAAUUUCGAUCCAGCCGAGACAGGAUGCCAACCCCGCACGUCAGUUCGCAAGUGAUAGAGGAAACCUUUGCCAAUUCGGCCAAGACGGUCCGCAUCUUCCCAGCUGCAGAUGUGGAGGCCAUCCAGUCGACUGGCGAAGGGCGCUCAGUUAGGCAGCGCAUUGCCACGCCUUUCAUCCAGGAAGAAGUUGAGGAAGCUCGCACUGUGCAUUUCGAGGCUGCAAGGCCCUCAAAGCCUUCGACUCGAGCACCAACCUUCGGGGCUGUGGAGGAACUCAGCAUCAAACCAGUGCUUUCGAGCACAAUGCUCCGGCCAAGCCGCGAGAGGAUACCUACUCCUUUUGUGAAGGAUGUGGUUGAGGAACCCGACAAGCAUGUGCGCAUUGCACCUACCGCAGAUGUGGAGGCUUUGCCCGUCUCGGGUGAGCGGCGCCCCAGCCGGCACAGGAUACCCACUCCCUUUGUGCAGGAGCCGCUAGAAGAUCUACCUAAGCACGUGUCUAUUGACGAUGACGUAGACGUCGAGGCACUGCCUGUCUCGGGCGAGCGUCGGCCGAGCAGAGAUCGGAUACCAACACCAUUCAUCAAGGAGCAAUUGGAAGAGCCGCCCAAGCAUGUGUGUAUUUCCGGCAACGUAGACGUCGAGGCCGUGCCUGUCUCGGGCGAGCGUCGGCCCAGCAGAGAUCGGAUAGCAACACCAUUCAUCAAGGAGCAAUUGGAAGAGCCGCCCAAGCAUGUGUGUAUUUCCGGCAACGUAGACGUCGAGGCCGUGCCUGUCUCGGGCGAGCGUCGGCCCAGCAGAGAUCGGAUAGCAACACCAUUCAUCAAGGAGCAAUUGGAAGAGCCGCCCAAGCAUGUGUGUAUUUCCGGCAACGUAGACGUCGAGGCCGUGCCUGUCUCGGGCGAGCGUCGGCCCAGCAGAGAUCGGAUAGCAACACCAUUCAUCAAGGGUGACGAGCUGGCCAAGAGCGCGGUGCAAUUUGACGAUGGAAGCACACAGGAAUUUGAAACCGAGACCAAGAUGGGUGAAAACCAGCAGCUGAGAAGCAGCCGCGACAGGAUUCCAACGCCUCAUUUGAAGAUAGAACUGAUGGAGGAGCAAUUUGAUGAUGUCAAGCGGGUGCACAUGGCUCCCAACUCUGCAGAGGGGGAGGACAGCUUCGAUGAAACCAAGGCUUCUUCAAGAGGGCGGAGCCCAGCUCCUACCUUCGGUGGCGCCCAGGAAUUUGAAGUAGAGGCUGUGAAAGAUCACUUGCGAGCAUGCCGGGACAGGGUGCCCACGCCGCACGUGAGCUCCGACUUGAUCGAGGAAACUUUUGCGGGGUUUGCCAAGUCCGUCCACAUCUUUCCUGCUGCAGACGUGCAGGUCAUUCCUGGUGUGGGGGACCCCCGCUCAUCGAGGGAGCGGAUUGCUACUCCCUACUUCAAGGAAGAUGACGCUGUCGAGGAAAGCCGUGCGGUUCAUUUUGAUCCAGUGCAUGCAGAGGUGCCUCCAGUCGGAGGACGACAUGUGCAAACGGUUGGGACCCGCUCAGUGCACGAUCGCCUUCCCACUCCUUACGCAUCUGCAGACUGCAUGGAGGAGCCGAAGAUACACUUUGCCUCAUCCUCGAGAGUAGAGGAAGUCGAGCUGGAGUCUGGCAAAGAGCAUCUGCGCGCAAGCAGAGACAGGGUGCCCACGCCGCACGUGAGCUCCGAGCUCCUCGAGGAGACCUUUGCAGGGUCCAAGUCUGUGCGCAUCCUCCCGUCAGCAGAUGUGGAGGCCAUUCCUGUGAUUGGCGAGGGGCGGACUGCAAGAGAUAGAAUCGCGACACCAUUUGUGAAGGAGGAUGAAUCAAUGAGAGAGAAUCGCACAGUCCACUUCAACCAGUUCGGUCAGGAAAUGGUGGAGGCUCCAGCAGCGCUUGGGCCCUACACGAAUGGCGAUGUUGACGCCCCUCCCGACGUGAGGAGCGUCAGCUUCAGACCAGCGAGCCUGGUGGAGUUCGACAACGUUUCCCCUGUAUCAGAUGAGGCCGUCGUGGUGAGGAAUGUGCUGCCCCUGAAAUCAGUGCGGGAUCGACAGCAAACCAGUUGGGCUCCCCAAGUGCAAGGCGAAGAUCGGUGUGUUCGCUUUCAGGAGGCCAAAGGGCAGAGUGCAUCAAGCGCUAGCAGGACAACUUCGGAAUCGCCGGCCGGUCAACACGCGGAGACGGCCUCUGCGAGCAACGGGAGGUCAAAAGAGGCUAGAAGCCGAGGAGGCUCUGAACCUGAUGACCCACCCAGCGAUGCCGAGACAGUGUCCAGCGCCAGCUCACGGAACCCACGCUCUCGGAUGAGCACGCCGUUUAUGUCUGCUGCAGAGUGGGGGUACGACGUCAGCGUUCCAUCUGCACAGGUUGGGGCUGAAAGCGUCUCCAGCGGCUCCAGCCGACGACGAAGGUCAAAGCCAUCUUCGUUGGAGCCGACGCCUGCAACGGCAACGGAUCGCAACCUGGUGAAGCAGGUGAGCAUCGAGUCGAGCAUUGAGCGGGAAAUCUCUGAGCGAGUCAAGUUGAACGCGCAGCGGCAAGCUCGAGAGGAGCGUUUGGUCCGUGUGGGCAGUACUGACGCGAAUGUACCUUUGGCCUUGGAGAGAUGUUGUUCUGCGGAUGGGGGGAACCCAGAGGCAGAUCUAGCCAAUCACAUUGUGGGUGGGGCUGUGAAAGAUACAGAGCUGCUGCGCAACACCUUGCGCAACCUCGUGUUCUUUGAGACGUUUGAUGACGAUGCCUUGCAUGGCUUGAUUGAGGCGAUGGAAGUCUACGAAUUUCAGCACGGCGAGAAGGUUGUCCGCCAGGGUGACACAGAUGGUACGCACUUCUUCGUCGUUGCUCAGGGCGAGUUCUGUGUUCUCAAAGACAACAUUGCUCAUUGCUACAUUGGGCCCGGUACUUCCUUUGGAGAAAGCGUCCUUCUCCUGUUCGGAGAGCGCACUGCAACGGUUGGGGCUCAAGGAUGCGCGCGAGCUUACGGCAUGGAAGGCAUGCAAGUACGGGAGCUUCUCAGCAAGCAGUACGAGCAGAGGAGGCUGUCCAUCGUGGAAGCUACCGACGAGGUGAUGAAGUCGAACAUUUGCGAAGUAUUGGCGGGACUCAAUGGCUAUCAGCUUCAGAGCCUGUACGACCAGGUGGAGAUGAGGAGCUUCGAGAAGGGCGAUGUGAUCCUGAAAGAAGGAGAUUCGCCCAAUGAGGUACUCAUUUUGUACAGCGGUAUGGUACACUCCUGGUCACGUGGGCAAGAUAUGGAAGUCGUUCCAAGGUUCCACCUGAUGGGCGACCGCGCGCUGGUCUUCGAGGACGAGCUGCCCUUUGAGCAGCCAACUACUCUGAAGGCUGAGACUGCAGUCGAGGUGUUGGUGCUGAAGCGCAGCUUGCUCGACAACAUCUUUGGCGACCAGCUGCAGCAGGUGCUGGUGAAGCACAGGGUGCUCUAUGUACUGGCCAAGCACCAGGACUUCUCAAGACUUCAUCAAGAGCAUCGCGAAGCGGUUGCCAGCGCCUGUCAGAUUCGGUGCCUUCCAAAAGGUUCUGAGCAAGACUGGGAGGAUGUCCGAGUGAUCGUGGCCUUGAAUGGAGAAGUGGAGCUGAUGCUGAAUGAAAUCGGCACGCAGCGCUUGAUGGGAGCAUCGCCGACCAUGUUCAGCAUCCCUUACAUUGAUCAGUCAGCUGUAAAGAUAAAAGCUCUGGCUGAUUCCAAGCUGGCCGUAUGGCAAAGGGAGGAUUUGGAAAGCAUCCUCGCCUUUGAUGACUUCGAUGGAGCAGUGGAGCAGGAUAGUAAGGUGCGCAGUCUUCAAUCCGUCUUCAUCUUUGCCACUCUUUCCAAGCAGCAGCUCAAGCGACUUGCUGACGCGCUGGAAAUUGAGACUGUGGAGAAGGGAAUUCGCGUGUUCUCACAAGGUGACCAAGGGACGCAUUUCUACAUCAUCCGAAAGGGUGCUGUGAGUGUCGAAAUCGAUGGUCGCGAGAAACGCCGGCUGGGCGAUCCAGAUUAUUUUGGCGAACGGGCAUUGCUGGGCAGCGAGAUUCGAAGCGCCAGCAUAGCAGCUUUGGAGGAUACAGAGCUUUGGAAGAUGGGCAAAGAGACUUUCCAAGAAAUGAUGCAGGGGCCUUGCUUGGACUACCUGAAAGACCGCAUCUCUUUGCAGGACACGAACCUGACCUUCCAAGAUUUGGAGUUUGUGCGCGUCAUCGGUCGAGGGGGAUUUGGCGUUGUAAAGAUGGUGAGGGCAAAGAAGACGGGAGUCAGGUAUGCAUUGAAGUGUGUGCGCAAGCGCGAUGUGGUGGAGAAGAAUGUUCAAGAUGCACUCGUAUCAGAGUUGAGCAUCCUGAAAGAGGUUGAUCACCCUUUCAUCAUCAAGUUUGUGCGAUCUUUCCGCAAUAAGACCCAUGUGUACUUCUUGAUGGAGUUGGUGAGUGGCGGCGAACUGCUGGAUGCCCUGGAUUCUCUUGGACUUCUGAAGUACAACCAGGCAUUGUUCUACACCGGGUGCAUAACUUUAGCGCUGGAGUUUUUGCACGCGCGCCGCAUCGCGUACUUGGACUUGAAGAGCGAGAACUGUCUGAUUGACCAGCAGGGCUACCUGAAAAUCAUCGACUUCGGAAUUGCCCGGCGAAUCACCAACACGAGGUAUGGCCCUCUGAAGGGGACUCCCAUGUUCAUGGCCCCUGAGAUGAUCUUGGGCAAGGGGCACACCACAGUGGCCGAUCUUUGGAGCCUGGGAAUCUGCCUCUAUGAAUUCGUGAUUGGGAAUUUCCCAUUUGCGAGCAACUGCACUAACCACGGGCAGAUUUUCCACGAAAUCCUGCGAGCAGAACUGCGAUUUCCGCCAUGGUUCGACAAGCAGCCUAUGGCGGAAGAUAUCAUGAGUUUGAUCCGCGGUUUGCUGACCCGGGAUCCUAAGAAGCGCCUGGGUGCUGGCCACGAAGGUUACACAAAGCUGAAGGGCCAUGCCUUCUUCAAGCACCUUUGCUGGGAGAAGCUGCUCGGCCGAGAGCUCGAGCCACCCUUCGUUCCGACCAACGAGACCUACGCGGAGGACAAGGAGAAGCCAACUGAUCUGCCCAUGCCCCUUGACCUGCCAACCGUGGAAGAAGAGGAGGCAAGAUGCGCAGCACAAGAGGAGCCAUGGGAGGACCCUGCUCCGGGUUGGGACGCCGACUUUUGAGGAACUUGGCCGUGCCCUUCUGCAAGCUAAUUACAGGUGUGUUGCAUUGCACGCUUUGCAGCC